UCACUGCCCUUCAGUCGGUUGAGUACUAGAGGGGAAUCUCUUCUUUGGGGUGGGGGAAGCUUCAUUCACCGUUCAGCAGUUCUGUUCUUAUGGAGGAAGUGUCCUUAUAGGAUACAUUCAGCGAUCAGAAGAGAACAAGUAACACAAAGUAACGUUCUGUAACUUCCUAAGAGACCGACCUCCCGCACCCUAUAGAAGAUGAUUGACACGCUUGUAACAUCAGAAGCUCAGGAUCUCCUGUACCAGCUGAACUCACUCUUGGAGCAGGAACUCAAAUGCCAGCCAAAAGCUUGUGGUUUGCGGCUGAUUGAAACUGCUCACGACAAUGGCCUCCGGAUGACCGCCAGACUGCGUGACUUUGAAGUGAAAGACUUGCUUAGCUUAACCCAGUUCUUUGGUUUCAGUACAGAAACAUUCUCCUUAGCGGUGAACAUACUGGACCGCUUCCUGGGCAAAAUGAAAGUACAACCGAAGCACUUGGGCUGCGUAGGUCUGACCUGUUUCUAUUUAGCUGUAAAGGCCACAGAGGAUGAAAGAAACGUCCCCUUGGCGACGGAUGUAAUCCGGAUAAGUCAGUACAAAUUCACCGUGUUUGACAUGAUGCGGAUGGAGAAGAUUGUGUUGGAGAAGUUGGGCUGGAAAGUCAAAGCUACAACGGCGAUACACCUCUUGCACCUUUACCAUGCCCUGGUGUAUGAGAACUUAACCAGUGAAAGGCAAAGGCUGUUUACUGUGGAGAGGCUGGAAACGCACCUUAAAGCCUGUCACUGCAAGCUGGGGUUUUCUAAAGCCAAGCCUUCCGUGCUGGCACUGUCUAUCCUGGUUGCAGAGAUACAGGAACACAAGCUGUUUGAGCUGACGGAGACAAUAGAAUCUCUACAGAAACAUUCCAAGAUCAGCGCCAGGGAUCUGCUGUGUUGGAGAGAGCUGGUAUCAAAGUGCCUUGCAGAAUAUGCUUCAAGCAAAUGUUCAAAACCGAAUGUUCAAAAGCUGAAAUGGAUUGUAUCCGGUCGCACGGCCAGACAGCUGAAGCACAGUUACUACAGGAUAGCACAUCUUCCCACAAUCCCAGAAACCGUCUCCUAACGGCUACUGAAGGUUAUAAGAGGACAUAAGAACUGUGACUAUUUAUAUGGACAAUGGCGCAUCUGUUUGGAAUGCAAAACUCAACUGUGAACAUGGCAGCUAGCUUUGAAGUUCUUUGACGUUUAAAAAAAAAAAAAACAUUCAAAACAAAAAGAGUUUUAAGUACUAAGAGAAAUAUGCACAGGAAACCUUAUUUUAACUUUUUUUUUUUCACUGGAAACACUUUGCAGUGUGCAUGGAAAACAAAUGUGAAAUGCAAUGCUGACUGAGAUUACGUAGCCUAACCAACCAAACCCUGACUACUUCACGUUCACUCAAAGCCAAGAGGCCAAUUCUGCAGAAGAAGCAAUUUAUGCAAAAGGCUGACGAAAGAUUAAGGAUAAAGUGAGGCCAUCACUUAUAGAUUCUUUAUAGUGUUAUGACCAUUGUCCCGGGGUACCUAAGCUUUCACUGUGGUCUUACAUACAACACAACAAAUGUCUUUUUGUUACAAUUACAUAAACCCAGCUGCAGUACUGGCUAUGCAACUGUGUUGUAAGUCAGGACCGCAAAUUGUUUUGUGCUUUUGAAACCCGUAAGCCUGAGUAAUGCAUUUAUCUUGUAGUAGUGCAGUCACUGCUUGCUGUAUGCUAUAAUCUUUACGUUUAUGGGGGAAAUGUAUCAAAUUAAAGAGGAGGGUUGCCCAUAGCAACUCUUCUUCUAGUUAUAAUUUUUAAAGUACAUUCUAUAAGAGAUAGGUAGAAGCUAUGGAUAAUUUCUUCUUCAGAGUCCAUGGUCUCCACAGAGUUAACCUUGGGUAUGCUUGGUGGAGACCAGGAUUCCACCUGCCCUCUUUAGAUGGUUUGAUACACAUCCCCCUUAAUUAUGGAGAGGACUGAUGCAUGAAACUAGUGUUAAGUGUAAUCUGUUUAGGGUUGGCUAAGGAAUAAAUGCAAUUUCAGUUAAAUACACUAAAAUCUAUUUAAAUCUAGAAUGUGCAACAGCCAGCACUUCAGCUGUUCCUAAACUAUAUAUCCCAAGCUUCUUGGCAAAUCAUCAAGAUUUAUAGUUCAGCAGCUGAAGAACAAUGUGUUGACUCUUUCUGACAGAGGGAAAAAAAAAAAGAAAAAAAAGCACUUUACUUGUUGAAAAUGUUAAGAUUAAGUUGCGUUGCCAUAAGCUAUGUUUAUUUGUGUCUGUAUACUUGUUUAGAGUUGAGAAACUCUCCCCCCCCAAAAAAAAAAAAUAAUAGAAGUUGCGUGUUUCGCUUAUUUGAGUUUCAACCUAGUAUUAUACACAUGUAUUGUUGUAAUAGUGAAAAACUCCCCCCCAAAAAAUAGAAGUUUCGCAAAGUUGUGUUUCAGCCUAGGAUUAUACGUAUAUGUAUACUUGUUUUAGUAGUGAGAAACUCCCCUGACAAAUAGAAGUUGCGCGUUUUGCAAGGUUGAGUUUCAGCCUAGCAUUAUACACAUGUUGGUGUAGCGUGCCUAUAAGCUCAUAAAACAAAUGUGCCUUAAACAUUGCAGUUGUCUACGCCUAACAAAGGGUUUUUUCUUUUAAUUCUGCAUUGUGCAAGGCAACUGUAGACUUAACAUUUAUUUUAAGUAAAAUCUCCAUCCCAUAUUCUCAUGCCCACCGCAUACUUGAAAACACAAGCCUAAUGAACAAUGCUUAAUGAUUCUGUAUUUUGUAGCCUUCCUUCAUAUGCUGUAAACUGAAAUGCGGGGAAGGUUUCUCACUAGAAGAGUUUCCACCCACUUAAUGCCAAGAAGGCAAUAAAAUCCUCAGCCGACUUGUAUGUCAUUCGGCUAUACCAUCAUUCAAGGAGACGGCCAUUCUCCUGCCACAUCUGCAACGGUCAGGUCAAUUUCACUAGGGAAUAGAUGAAACUGAGAUGAGAUAAGGUAAGUAAGUGUGCAGGGGUCACCUAUAGUAACACGAGUAACUGUUUCAAGGCACACAGACACACAGGUACAGUCUUUUCAUAAAUUAGGUCUUUUUUCAUUUUCUAUACACACGUAUAUACAUGCCUUUCUAUAUUGUAGACACAAUGGGUUCUAUACCAGAGGUUCAUGUCCAAGGUCCCAAAAGUGAAGCUAAUUAACAUUUAAAUAGCACAUUUUAGAGACUUUACAGGACGGCAUGUGUGUUAAUGAGGAGAUACUGUAUACAGUACAGCUUCCAUAGAAGCUUAUUAAACCUUAUGGGAAAUUGCUAAGUUUUUAGCUCUAGGACAGACUUAUGGAAUGGUCCCUGCUGCCCCCCGUAGUGAGCCGCAGAUGCCCGUGCCUGGUUUAGCUGCUUCUGGAUAGGCCUGUGUGUGCUGGAGAGCUACAAAACAUGCCCGUGUUAAGAGGACAGCCUCUGUACAAUGGAGUAUAAGCAAUGUACCUUUCAAUAAACCUAUUGAAAAGAAACAAA